UCCGUGAUCUCUGAGUUUUGGUCAGGUAACGAGCUCUGUUGUGCGUUGUUGCAAACGCGAGGAGAAGAUAUGGCACCGACUGUGCGCUCACAGCGGUACCUUCUGACUGUGGAGUACAUUGGCUCGAGCUUCCUGGGUUGGCAGAAGCAGAGGACGGGGAGGACAGUCCAGGGAGUGCUGGAGGAAGCCUUCGAGAAGUUUGUCAGCCAGCCGGUAAUCAUCUCCGGUUCCAGCCGUACGGACACUGGCGUGCAUGCACUGGGCAACACGGCGCACGUGGAAUUUGAACGGACUAGCAAACGACAUCCGGGGGAAGUGCUGCCCCCCCACGAUCCGACCGUGGUGAAGAGAGCCGUGAACCAUUUCCUGGGGCAGAGCCGACCUCAGGACGUGGCGCUGGUGGAUGUGCAGUGCGUCCCUUCGACGUUUCACUCCCGGUUCGCAGCGAGAGAGCGUGUCUAUUGCUACAGGAUGACCUCCAGCUCCGAGCCUCUGUCCAUCUUCGAGCAGGAGCGGACCUGGCACGUGCCUGCACCCCUCGAUCUUCAAGCGAUGAAAGAGGCUUGCGCCCUACUCGAGGGUCACCACGAUUUCAGCUCCUUCCGUGCGUCGGGAUGCCAAGCCAACUCACCGUUGAGAACGCUCGACGAGCUCACCGUCGCGGAAAUCCCCUGCUGGUCCCUAUUCACUCCUGCUCUCCUGAAAACUGCUGUGGUUAAGUCACCGAAAGACCAGCAGCAGGUUCUCAGGGAAGGAAGCUGUGCGACGGAGGGGAAAGAAGAGACAGCUACCCGCCGACAGAGUCCGGCGGCCUCUGAGGGCGGCAAGGGUAUCGUUCUAGUGCCUCCUGUGGAUGGAGCAGAGGAGUCCUGGAGGUGGAAUACGACAGAACUCGACAGUCCCGAGGCGAAGACGAAGGAGGAGGGGGGGGAGAAUGGGGGUGGUAUGUUGCAGGCAAAUGGUACUAAGGAGGGCAGAGAAUCAGCAGCCGGCGAUAGUGCUGCAGAGAGGAAGGAGCAGCGCGAGUGCGGGGAGGAGGGGAACGCGUUGCGAGCGGCUGUUGGGAGCAAAAGGCCAGGUCCUCUGGGCGAAGAGGUAGAUGAGAAGGAAAGGGGAACGAAGAGACCGAACGGACAGGGAAGAUCGCCUGAAAGACUGGAUGUGCACAGAGGUUCUGGGCCCGCCGGCCGAACGGAUGGAGCGGAGGGAAGCCUGCCGUCAUCAGCACGGUGGACAGGCGGACCUCGGAACUACGUUGUCGUCGCACGGGCUCGAUCUUUCUUGUAUCAUCAAGUGAGGUUGAUGGUGGGUUUGAUCAAAGCAGUAGGUUGUGGGGAGAGGAGUGUGGCUGACGUAAAGCGGAUUCUGGAAGCACGGACCCCUACGGCUGCUCCUCCCAUGGCCCCCGCAUGCGGCCUUUACCUUGCGAAGGUCGCUUACCCCGUCGACGAGCGAGGUUUUGUAGUGGAUGUAGGACACGACAACCGCCCAUCUCAAGCCGAAGGGCUGCAAGACGACAGCGGCGAUGACGAUUGAAGCCGUUUGUGGCAAUUGGCGAUCACAUUCUUGCAUCGGUUACUUUUUUGCGCGGGAAGGGAAUCUGAUUGCAAUCGAUUCUUCGGUCAAAUUCAUUUUUGGCAGAAGGUGCAAUUGCAAUCACGUUCACGUUCCCUAUUUGCAGGAUUCCACCAUUGGAUCGAUAAAAGUCCUUUGGGACU